AUGGCAGGGCCGGCUCCGCGCUGCCCCRACGGCUGCCGCUUCCUCGACGCAGAAGCAGCGAAGCCCCCAAAGAAGAGCUGCACCCGAUGCAAGACCUGCGCGCUGCUCUUUUGCAUCCUGGGGAUUUUUCUUAUUCUGGUAUUUUUUGGUGUCAAGUAUCUCUGGAGCCCAACGCCCAAAAAACUCUACGGGCUGGAGCGGACGUUCCUCAGCGGUGGCGAGAAGCAGAAGGUCGUGAUGGAGAUCGACCCGCUGGCCAGGACCGAGACCUUCCGCACGGGCAACGGCAGCGAGGAGAUCCUGGAGAUCCACGACUUCAAAAACGGAAUAACCGGCAUCUUCUUCGUGGGGCUGCAGAAAUGCUUCAUCAAAACGCAGACUAAAGUCCUACCCGAGACCACGGAGGCCAAGAUCCCCGAACUCGAGGGAGAAGAAAUUACAAGCACCUACUUGGAGCAGUCCAUGGUCUGGGUCCCUGGAGAAAAGCCCAUUCAGAACAAGGAGUUUCUGAAGAGCUCCAAAAUCUUUGACAUCUGCAGAAACGUGACCAUCUACUGGAUCCACCCAACGCUGAUAGCAGCUCCUGAGCUCGCCAGCCUCGGCGAGGGGGAAGACGGCGCUGAGCUGCUUGUGGACAACCAGAGCUGGCUGGAUGGGGGCAGCGAGCGCAGGGUGGAGAAGGACGCGCCCGCGGGGCCCAAGCGCCGGGCACGGCAGCUCACCGAGGAGGACCUGCCCGUCAACGACUACACGGAGAACGGGCUGGAGUUCCACCCGCUGUGGGACGAGCGGGGCUACUGCUGCAGGCAGUGCCGGCGCGCGCAGCGCUACUGCCGGCGCGUGUGCGAGCCCCUGGGGGGCUACCACCCCUACCCCUACUGCUACCAGGGCGGCCGUGUCAUCUGCCGCCUCAUCAUGCCCUGCAACUGGUGGAUAGCACGCAUGCUGGGCCGGGUCUAG